UUGAUUGACAUCUCACACAAAACAGUAAUGUGCCUGUGCAUGUGUUCAAUCCCAUAGAAUGAAAUACACAAAAAAACGAUUCACCUAAAAGUCACAUUUUGCACUUACACCGCAAUCAAAUCCUAUUUCGCCAUACAGAAUCAUAGUUGAGUUUUAAAAAAAAUCCUCCGAUGAAUUGAUGAAUUUGAUUUCAAAGCAAUAGCAAUUGUUGGUGUUUGUAAAUGACCGAAAAGUGUGCGGUGGCACCAUUUUAAUUCACUGAAACGGAUUCAAGUGAACGUGAAUUUUAAUAAUUUAAACAGAAACAACAUUUCGGCACAAUAAACGCAAGAAAAAAUAAUGACAUUAAGACUAGCUAAUUUAUCAAAGACGUUGAUGUCAAGACACAAACAGAUCGCAACGUCGUUCAAUCCGCACAUAAGAAAUGGGCUGUGUACGAGUGCGGUGGUUGGAAGCCAACGUCAAUUUUCAACCAAAAAUCCACUUACAGAACAAAUAGUCACCCCUUAUCCACCAUUGUCGGAGUCGUUAAAGGAUUUGCCGCCAGUUCAAUAUGCCAAGCCAUCGGGUAGUGCCAGGGAAACCCGAAUAACAACACUGCCAAAUGGAUUACGAGUCGCAUCUGAGAGCCGAUUCGGACAGUUCUGUACGAUUGGAGUUGUUAUCGACUCUGGACCAAGAUAUGAGGUUGCAUUUCCCAGUGGUGUUUCACACUUCCUCGAAAAACUAGCCUUUCACUCAACGCAAGAGUUUUCCGAUAAAGACAAAAUCCUUCGAGCUAUGGAAAAACACGGCGGAAUUUGUGAUUGUCAAAGUUCUCGUGACACUUUUAUUUAUGCAUCGAGCGCGGAUCGUCGUGGCAUUGAAACCGUCACUCGGGUAUUGGCCGAGGCAGUGCUUCGACCAAAACUCGAAGAAAGUGAAAUUGAUUUUGCACGCCAAGCGGUACUAUUUGAAUUAGAGACACUUAAUAUGCGUCCCGAACAGGAGCCAAUCUUGAUGGAUCGAAUUCAUGCGGCUGCUUAUCGAGGCAACACACUAGGCCUACCAAAACUUUGCCCACAAGAAAAUACAGACAAAAUCGACAGAGAUGUACUGUUGUCAUUCUUGCGAUUACAUCAUACACCUUCUCGCAUGGUUGUGGCCGGUGUCGGUGUCGAUCAUGAUGAAUUGGUUAAAUACGUUGAGAAAUAUUUCACAAUGGAAAGCACAUGGGAAUUGAAAACACUCAAAAAUACUAGCAUUAACACAGUUGACGCCUCAAUUGCUCAGUAUACCGGCGGAGAGAUAAAAGAAGAAUGCGAAAUCCCCAUUUAUGCGGCAGCUGGUUUGCCAGAACUGGCGCACGUUGUGAUCGGUUUGGAGGGAACUUCACACCAGGAUCCCGACUUUGUUGCAUCGUGUGUGCUCAAUUUGAUGAUGGGUGGCGGUGGCUCAUUUUCAGCCGGUGGACCAGGCAAAGGGAUGUAUACACGUCUUUACACAAAUGUAUUGAAUCAAUACCAUUGGAUGUACAGUGCAACUGCCUCAAAUCAUGUAUAUACCGACAGUGGCCUGUUCUGCAUCCAUGUCAGUGCACCACCUCAACACAUUAGCAACGCUGUCAAGGUGAUAACACGUGAGAUGGUUGCAAUGGCAUCUGAACCAGGUUCGGAAGAGUUGCGACGGGCCAAAACACAACUACAAUCUGUGCUGCUGAUGAACUUGGAAGCAAGACCCGUUGUUUUCGAAGACAUUGGUCGCCAAGUGUUGGUCACUGGUGCACGCAAAAAACCUGAACACUUUAUGGAAGCUAUCGAAAAAAUAACCGGAGAAGAUAUUCAACGCGUGGCAAAACGUUUCCUUUCGUCUCCACCAUCGUUAGCGGCUCGUGGUGAUAUAAAAAAUUUGCCCGAACUCAAAGAGAUUCAAAGCGGUCUGAUGAACUUGGACGGCAGUUUCUCUAAAUCCAAAUUAAAUCGAUUACCAAAUUUCUCCCUGUUCCGAUAGUUGCAACGAAUUUCACUGUAAACUUUGUAUUACACAUGCGUCAAUUCAAUUGGAAAAUUGAAAAUUUUAAGAAAAAAAAAAUGGACAAAAAAAGACACAAUAAAAAAAUCCUCAUUAAAAUAAA